AUGACACUUCAUGAGGAUCUAGGCCCCAACCUCACGGCGACCGUCCUUGUGACGGGGCUGCUUGCCUUCAUCACUAUGGGUAUGCGGGCGUAUGUCAGGAUCACCAAGCAUAACUGGGCUCUUGAGGACUGGGUUAUGGCAGUAGGAUGCUUGCCUCUCAUGACACUGACUAUCGUCACCACUAUCGGCUCCUAUUACGGCAUCGGCGCCAAAGACAGUACUUUUGCUAAGCCUGGCAACCAGAAAUACGUCGAGACAGCAUAUUUCUGGUUCUUCCUCUACGAGGUCUUCUACUGCACAUCCAUCAUCUUUGUCAAGCUCAGCAUCGCCUUCAUGCUGAACCGGAUAGCCGGCAGGAGGUUGGUUUACAUCUACAUCAACUACGGCAUCAUGGGCCUCUGCGCGGCGACCAAUCUGGCAGCUAUCCUGUAUAUCAUCUUCCAGUGUUGGCCAGUGGAGGCUGCUUGGAGGGCUGAUCUCAUGGCCGAAGGUACCUACUGCCAGCCUCCGGUCUACCUACAAAACGUCUACUUCUUCUGCACUUCGGUUAACAUCUUCACUGACUGGGCUACUGCGCUCAUGCCAAUCGCUCUGCUAUGGAAUGUGCAAAUGAACAGGAACACCAAGAUCUCAGUUGGUGGCAUCCUGAGCUUGGGCAUCUUUACAUCUAUCUCAGGCUUAGUCCGCCUAAAGUACACCGUUGGCCUUACGAGCAGCCACGACUAUCUUUAUGGCCUCGCCAACAUCCUCAUCUGGGGCUACGCCGAACCCGCCCUCGGCAUGCUCGUCGGCAACAUCGCAACCCUCCGCCCACUCUUCCAGCGCCUCCUUCACCUAGGCUCAAGCGGCUCUCAUCAGCCUCGCUCAGGCACACCCCACGGUGUCAGCAACCCCGACCGUUCGCACCGUUACAAGCCUUUUGACACCGAGCUCGAGCUCGGCACGGUCACAGACAACCAGGACACGCACAUGCCGGCGAUCAAGGUUCAUGCGGGACGCGUUAGUGUAUCGAGUGACAGCGAGAGCCAGAAGGAGAUUCUGGAGAAGAACGACCGGUUUUUGAGUAACAACAAGGAUAGUAUUGUUGUUAGUCGGCAUGUGGAAAUUAGUCGCGAUUAG